CUUUCACUGUCUUUUUAUACCUCUUUUAUUCAACUCUAAUGGCUGCCUCUGCUGCAUCUCAGUCUGCUUUCUCGAAAUUCAUUAAUUCGCCUGCAGGUCCCAAGACGGUCCACUUUUGGGCCCCUGCCAUGAAAUGGGCACUUGUCAUUGCCGGUAUCGGUGAUCUUCAACGUCCUGCUGAUAAGUUGAGCUUGGGACAGAAUGCUUCUUUGAUGGCCACUGGUCUCAUUUGGACCCGUUAUUCGACUGUUAUCAUUCCGAAGAACUGGACUCUUUUCACUGUGAAUGUGUUCGUGGCGGCCACUGGUAUCACCCAAGUUGCCAGAAUCUUGCACUAUCGUCAAUCCGACGAAUACAAAGCAAAGCAGGCCGCUGGCGAAGUAUAAGUUGAACAUUAUCACCUUGGAAGAUCUUAUAGAUGCACACACACCACGUUUCCCUUAAAAGUUUCUCUAUUUUUGUAAAAUAAAAAUAAUUUAUUUCGAGGUAUCAAGCGAUAAGGGUUCUGUCAUCCGACCAGUGCGAACCUGUAUUGCGAUCAAUUACUGCUCGCAGCAGCAGACGAUUCUUCCC